GCAUCUCAACCUGUUGGUGCCACAGUUCAUAAUUAGCCUAAUAUAAUCCAUUAAGAGAGGUGUAGGCGGAGCAGACCUGAGACAUCCUUGCAGUCCUGGUUCCUACGCCAGCUGUAUAAAAAAGAGCUCCCAGCUCACCACGCCUCUCGACAAGCCCCUCUCGUCCUUGGCAUCGUUCCUUGCCGGCGCUUGAAAAGUUGGCAUCAACCUCAAACACCCACCAGCAUGGCGUACCAGUGCAGACAGCCCUGCCUGCCUCCGCCCAUUGGUGUGCCGCAGUGCGCAACUGACAGUGGAGGCACAUGCGCCCCGACCUGCGGAGAUCCGUGUGCAGAGCCAUGUUCGGCUGCAUCGUACCAGUCCAAGCAGCCCUGCCUCCCGCCACCUGUCUGCACACCACUGUGCCAUACCGAAAGCGCACCAGCGCCCACGUCAACUUGCAAUGCCUGUGAAGAGCUCUGCCCUGCUCCCAGUGUGGAGGUGUCUUCUGCUCCAUGCGAGCUGCCCACCAUCCCAGCCAAUGCAGAUCCAUGCGCUCCCCCCUGUGCGACCCUGUGCAGCAGCUGGGAAUGCUCAGGGGCCUCCGCAGCCCCAAGCAGAGAAGCUGUGGGGUCUUACGUGGUGCCGGGCUCCAUUGUAUCCUUGAAUCCAUCUGGCCACGUAUCAGUGAAGCCAGGCCCUGAGGUUGAAGCAGGGGGCUGCGAGUCUGUGUUUCUGGAUACCUACAUCCCUCACUUUUCCUAAAAAGCAGCAAGGGGUUUUCGCGGCACUCGGACAGCAAAGGGAUUGAUCGUGGCAGUAGUUUUUGUGAACUAAGGAGCCACUUGGUCAGAUGCAUGAAGUAUUAACCUCAACUGACAGGUGGUUCUUCAAGGAGUGGGUGGAUGGGGGGUCUGGAAGGAAA